AUGGAGCUCCAAAACAUUGUAAAAGAGGUCCUUAAUACUGUAAACCCUUGUGUUUACAAGAAGAAGGACUACCUUUACUUCUCCAAAGUCUACUCUUACCUUAUCAUUGAUCAAGACACCUUCUGGAAUUUGCCAAAUGAUAUUCUGGAUCAGAUUAUGUCUCUCUUGCCCUUAAAGGAAGCUGUGGCCACCAGUGUACUUUCUCGCAAGUGGAGAUAUGUUUGGACUUCUUGUCUGGCGCUUGAUUUUGAUUUUGAGAAGAAUAUGAAGCCUUUAACCCAUCGCAGCCAUUACCAAAACCAAGAUUUUGAAGAUAAGCAAUGUCAGUGUCAGUAUGUAAAUUGGGUGGAUGGUGUGGUGGAGAGGCAUGUAGGCCCAAACGUUGAGAAAUUCAGGCAUUUAGCUGUAGAAGCUUGGCAAGAUGGGUUGGUGAACAUCCUGAUUUCUGAAGCAAAUCUUGUUUCAUUUUCUUAUUCUGGUUAUCCUAUUGAAUUGGAGUUGAGCAAUGUCCCAUUAUUAGUUGAGGUGUCAAUAUCUGAGCGUGAUGGCGUGGUCACUGAUGAUCACAGAGCUCUAAUAUUCACUCAACAACUUUCAGGCUGUCUCUCUCAGCUCCGUACUCUCAGAAUAGAUUUGAAUGGAAUGGUUGAUAGGGAGGUGUAUUCUGUUCCUGCAUUACCAAAUAUCCGACAUUUGGAAUUGGAAGUGCUAGUAGAUGAUAGUCUGGUUCUUGAACAAAUAAACUGUUUCAUUGAAGCAUGUUCUUACAUGCAGAAGCUUGUGAUAAGGAUGCAAUUCAAAUAUUCUGAAGAAUUCAUGUAUCCAGAAGUAAAUCUUAAGGAACCUGCUGCUGCUAACACAUGCUCCCAUCAUCAUUUGGAGGUUGUGGAAAUUGUAGGCUUUCAUGGUCGUAAAGGUGCUGUCAAAAUUGUCACGUUCUUGAUGAAGGCUGUUGUUUCUCUUAAGGAAGUUGUGAUAAAUUCUGCCCAAUUAUUUCGUGGUGAAGUAGUGGAUGACAGUGAUGAAGAUGUGGAGGAAGAGGAGGCAAGACGGCAAGCUUUGCACGAGCUUAAACGGAUAGUGCCUGCUGCUAUAAGUUUCAGAUGCCUCUAG